GGAAAAGGAACGAAAUCUAUUUGCAGAUGAACGGCAAGCUUGAACAAAGAGAGAAAAGCGGGGAUCUUGUACAUGCUUCCUUUUGAAUAUAAAACUUCCAUCGACGCCGCUGUUACCAAGGCUUCUGCUUCUUCAGCAAACGCACUAAUUCGAUCCUCAUGCUACCAACAACAAACACUACUACUAUUACUACCAUCAACACUACGACUUCCCCAAGCAUGACCGAAAAACUUUUAUCGUGCGGCUCUUGUAGCCUGCCGUUCUCAUCUCCCGAAGCAUUCCGAGCUCAUGCCAAAAGCCCAGAACACAUCGAGCAAAUCCGUUCUAGAGCUGUCAAUGCCGGCACAUAUGCCCGCUAUAGAUCAUCCUCUCCCGACGACUCUCUCGAUAACUCGCGCCCAGAAUCUCCUUCAAAUACUCAACCAGCCGACGAUGACUUCGAUAGCUCCGACGAGCGCCCCGAGUUCGUACCGGAAGAGUGCAUAUUUUGCGGCGAAGACCAAGACACAUUUGACGAUAAUUUGAUCCAUAUGGCCAGCACACACAGCUUUAUUAUCCCCUUUCAAAAUGCCCUUACAGUGGACCUUCAGACUCUUGUUUGGUACUUUCACCUAGUUAUCAACGCUUAUCAUGAAUGCAUCCUCUGUGGUAGGGGUCGCAGUAAUGUGCAAGCUGUUCAACAACAUAUGACUGGGGCUGGCCAUUGCAGGUUCAACGUUGAAGGAGAGAUAACCGAAUUCUACGACCUCGAUGAGGUUGAGUCUCGCAAUGUCGAUGCCGAAUCGAGUACCAUGGCUUUGUCCUCGGGCAAAGUUGUUGCUCAGAGAGAAACCGGUCCCACCGCCAAGAAGCACAGACAACAACGACGAGCAUUAAUACGGGCCUCUAGAGAACUGCCUGAAGAAGAUGAAGAGCCGGUGGCCGAUGAUACAGGCAAGGCUCUUACAAAGAGCGAGCGAAAGAUUCGAGCCUUCUCAAACCACCUUUCUCAGCUUCGAGCUGGCGACCAAGCGGCAAUUGCUCACUUGACAAGUGGUCAGCAGCGUACACUACUCAACAAAACCAAGAGGGCUGCGAAUGAAGGACAAAGAGACGAAACUCUCGCCAAAACCAAGAUUGAAAGGAAGAGCAAUAAAACGCUCCAAGGCCACUUCAGACUUGAUGGAGUUGGUCGCCGUCUUGGUUAGGCACUUGUUGUAUUUAUAUGAAUGAUUGGAUGACUUUAUUAUUCUAUGCAUAGAUAGCGUUGAGCGACUGUGAUAUUUGGGCUGCUUAAACCUUUUCUUUGAAUAUAUUUAGGACAUGAUGUAUAAUUCUAGUCUAUUAGCACGUGUUGGUGUAUAUCUCGGCCCAGUUGACAUUGAGAUCAAAUAGUGCCGGAUCCGCCCAGUCUGCUUCCAGCUCCAAGUCAAAGUCAGGCUGCAGGGGAUAAUUGCUAAUAAACUCGUUCAUGCUAAACUCUAUACAGUUUGGAACCGCUGUAUUUUGACCAGUGCCAUUGUCUUGGUAGCCAGUUGCCAUCUUUUGGUUUAUUCGAACUUGGCCAAAGUACGGUAUGACCACAUUGUAAUCCUCUGGACUCACGUAGCCCCCCUUUCGUGCCGAGUUCAAAACUUCUAGCGUUUGUGCUGCUUGUGUGGCAACUGGACAAUCCAUGGUAAUCGCGGUCCGUCGAAGAGCCAGGCCAACGUCCUCAAUCAAUACCCAAUCGCUGGACCGGGUGCCUUCAUCUGUCCUUUCCGGGCACAGCAAAUGGCCGAUAACAAGAACGAUGGCCCCACUAAAUGCUUGGAAAUCCAUGAGCUGGCAUAAAUCUGAGUCUGCAUAUGGCGCUGCGCGGAAUUCGAUGUACGAAGUGGCAAUGCCGCGUGCGGCCUCCAUUGCGGUAUCCCAGCUAUGUCUGUACUUCUUCUCCUUGAUGGACCGAAGCAUAUAUGGUAAAUGGAGUAGCUUUAAUGUUAUGAAGUAUAGGGUCUUGGAGCUUUGUCGUAGAAAGUACUCAGCGAGAGGAAGAUCUGCAGGACGAGCUUGCCACCAUUCUUCGGGCAUCUCGUCUCGACCUUCUUCCAGUUCUUGGCUUAUCUGAACAGUUGUGGCAUACUGCUCCUUCUCUGAAUUCUGAUCGCGAUCAAUUACUUUCCCUCCGACGGUGGCAACAACCCAGCGGAUUCUAUCCAGCGGUGUAGCACCGUUGGCCUCCAGCGAGACUCCAGGAUGUGACGAUGAAACUGAAGAUGGAAGUCCUAAUAUUAACGCCAUGAACCGUUCUGGAGUCCAAGCUAGCAUCCAGUUAAGUGCUUGACAAGGAUUUGUUUCCCAUGAUGCGCGGUGCAGGCCAAGGUUGACAGAUGCGGAUACCGCCUGCCGAGUCCAGUGCCACGCACGUUGCGGUUUUCCCAUAUUAAUGUAUACUUUGAAUUUCAUGUUCAUGCAUGAGACGCCAUCCAAGCUACCACCAGAAUCAUCGUCGAUUUCCAGGAGAGACUUUGCUAAGCUGACGUAUACGUUGACAAGGUCUGGUUGGGGCAUGGGAAGUUGGACAUUGCCCAAGACUGCUCUUGGAAGCUGCUGGACACAGAGCGUAAGCCAAAGAAGUGCCUUGGAGGUAGUCCCAGCACUUCGAGAUUUCAGCUCUCGUACAAGGAACUGUUUAGCCUCUGUCAGUUUCCCUGGCUGAAGCAUAUCCUCGAGAUUCGGGCCAUAGUGGCAAGGGGGCCAGAUAGGCCAGUACUUUUCUGUCCACUGCAAAAUAAUAUCCAAAUCUGCUGGUGUUGGUAACAGAGAUGCGACAGCGUCUUGUAUCGUUUCAAUUCGAUUCUUUGCUAAAAAUGCUGUGGACCGCUCGUUGCUGUUGGGUGUUUCGAGCUGGGUUGUAAUCAAUUUUGAUUCUUUGAAUAGAUAGACCAAUGGAGAAGGCUUCACAUAAUUUCUCUGAUCAUGCGAUCUGGAACUGGGCGUUUGAUCCAUCUCGUUUACCGAGGCGGCAUGAUUUGAGGGUGAACAUGUUGAAGGGAUUGUUGUAGGAGGGCUAGCCAUUUGUAAAGCGAGAGGUUGGCUUUUGUCGUGUGUAUUGUUCUGUAUACCAGAUACAUGUAGAGUACUGUUCAUUCUCUUAACCAUGCUCUCCAACUCCACCAGCCGUUGGCGCAUUGCAUCGAUACUCUCGACAUUGUCGGUUGUUGGCUUUGGCGAAGGCUGCUGUGCGUGGCAAGACACUUUAUGAAGGGAACAAGCUUCACACUCAGAACUAUUAGGAGGAUAUAUGCAUCGUACUUUUCUUCGACGGCACUCGGAACAGCUCUUUGUUCCCAAGCGCAUCCGCUUCGUAUUUCCUCCAGGACUGUUCAUCGUUCUCGACGCCGUGUUGGUGUUUAGAUAGAAUUACUGAUUGUCACAGCGGAGUCGAUUUCCGUGCAUUCCGGCAGAUGUUAUGACAAAGCAAAUUUAAAUGUUAGGUAAAUGAAUUAGAAAUGCUUGAUAAGUUACAGGCAGCCAGGUUGACAGGUGCGUGACGGACGAAUUCGGACGAACUCGGAC